AUGGGGGUGAGGGAGCCCGUGGCGAUGGAGAUACCGGCGGAGGAGGGGGCGGCCGCGAGGGUGCCGCCGCGGAUCAGGAGGAGGCUGCUCGAGGGCAGGGCCAGCGGCGGCGGCGGCCCGGCCAGCGCCGAGGAAAUCGAGGCCAAGCUCAAGGAGGCCGACCACCGGAGGCAGCAAUUCCGCGAUUGGUUAUCCUGCAAAGCAAGGAAGAAGCCACGGAGCCCAUCGUGGUCGUCUCAAGAGGAAGAUUACGGACAGCGCCUUGAAGCCAGGCUUCAGGCAGCUGAGCAGAAAAGGUUAAGCCUCUUGGCAAAGGCACAGAACCGGUUAGCCAAGUUGGAUGAACUCCGACAAGCAGCGAAGAAUGAUGUGGAAAUGCGGUUUGAGAAGGAGAAGGAGGAACUUGAGACUAGAGUCGAGUCUCGUGUCCGACAGGCAGAGGAAAACCGUAUGCGCCUUCUGCAUGCAGAUAUGCAGAAGCGGGCCGCACUGAAGGAGAGAACAGAGAGGUCUCUCGUGCAGAAGGCGACAUCUGAGAGCAAGUAUACAGAGCGGGUGCGAUCUGCUAUCCUGGCAAAGCGUGCUGCUGCUGAGAAGAAACGGUUGGCGUUGUUAGAAGCUGAGAGGAGGAAGGCUCGUGCUCGGCUCAUGCAUAUUCAACAAGCAGCCAUGACUGUAAGCAGCCAGAGAGAAGCAGACAGGAUUAAAUUGAAAGAACAUCUGGAUAGCAAACUUCAGAGGGCCAAGAGGAAGAGAGCUGAAUAUUUGAAGCAGCGAGGAAGUCCGUGCAGUUCUGCUCAUGCCGAUUACAUCAAGCAUGCAGAUUUUCUUUCAAGAAAGCUUGCAAGGUGCUGGAGAAGUUUUGUGAAGUCCAGGAAGACAACACUUGCCUUAGCUCAAGCUUAUGAUGCUUUGGGAAUUAAUGAAAAAUCUGUGAAGUCAAUGCCAUUUGAGGAAUUAGCUAUGUUGAUGGGAUCUCCCACAGCUCUUGAGGCUACUAAGGCAUUACUUGACCGGUUCGAGAGGCGUUUGACUCUUUGUCAGUCAGCAAGUUCAUCAUCUGCAGAAAAUAUUGACCAUCUACUGAAACGCCUUGCGACUCCAAAGAGGAAGGCACCUCCGAGUAGAGACGGAAGAACAAGGGUUGCAGCAAAAAGGCCAGCAAGAACUUCUGAAACAAGCAGGUUGUCUAGAUAUUCACUGAGGGUGGUACUCUGUGCUUACAUGAUCCUGGCUCAUCCUAGUGCUGUUUUAAGUGGAGAUGGUGAGCAAGAGAAGCUACUCAUGGAGUCAGCAGCAAACUUUGUCAGGGAGUUUGAGCUGUUAGUUAAGACAAUACUCGAGGGGCCAGGAAGAGCCUCAAGGCAGCCAUCUCUUGAUGCUGCUGAAUCAUCUAGUUGCCAGAAGUCUUAUGAUGUUGCCAGUCAAAGUAAAUUCAAGACUCAGUUGGUUAAUUUUGACAAAGCGUGGUGCACCUAUCUUUACGGAUUUGUGGUGUGGAAAGUAAAAGAUGCAAGAUCAUUGGAGGGUGAUCUUGUUAGGGCUGCAUGCAAGCUUGAGCUGUCAAUGAUGCAAACAUGCAAGUUAGCUGCCGACGGGCAGUCACACAACCUCACCCAUGAUAUGAAGGCGAUUCAGAAGCAGGUUUCUGACGAUCAAAAACUCCUAAGAGAGAAGGUUCAGCAUUUGAGCGGUGAUGCAGGCAUCGAGCGUAUGGACUCUGCUCUCUCCGAUGCAAGAUCAAAGUUCUUUGAAGCGAAGGAGAAUGGAAGUCCAUUGGCAGCACCUGUUGCAAACGUAUCUACCCCUCUGAGCAUUGAUUCAUCUGGAAAGCUCCCGCCUACUGAGGUCAAUAUGAAUUCCAAAACAGAUGCUGAAGGAUCAAGGUCUGUUGUGCGAUCCCUGUUUGGAGCUUCUGGAGCAUCAAGCAGCACAUCACCAGUGAAUCUGCCAACAGAGAAUGAGCAGAUGGUCAAUGAGAUGCUUCAUGAGGACGGUGGUGCGAUUGCUGGCAAUUCUAAUGAUGCUCGUACCAUUGAGAAGGGUUUCCAAGACAAAGUGAGGGAAACAAUGGAGAAAGCUUUCUGGGAUGUGGUUACCGACUCGAUGAGAGGAGACAAACCUGACUACAGCCAACUGAUCAACCUGGUAAAGGAAGUGAGGGAUUCAUUGCACGACUUGGCUCCCAAGGAAUGGAAGGAGGAAAUCUGUGAGAACAUUGACCUCGAAAUUCUAUCCCAGGUACUCAAGUCAGGCUCCCAGGACACCCAAUAUCUGGGGCAGAUUUUGCAGUACUCUCUGGAUAUGGUCAGAAAGCUGUCUGCUGCGGCAAAGGAUGAUGAGAUGAAGGCAAGUCAUGACAAAUUAUUGAGCGAGUUGGCUGCAAGUUCUGAAGAUAAUGAUAAUGGAGUCAGCUCGUUCGUCAUUGCUGUUAUCAAGGGCCUGCGUUUCACUCUGGAAGAAAUAAAGGAGCAACUGCAAGUAGAAGUGAGCAAGGCAUAUGUUCAGCUGAUGCAACCGACGAUAAAAGGCUCUGCUGGAGUGGAGUACCUGCAGAAGGCUUUCGGCGAUCGCUAUGGACCUCCUGCCAAUGCGUCAGCUUCUCUCCCUGUAACUCUGCAGUGGAUUUCAGCAUCAAAGAGCAUCGUGGACGCAGAAUGGAGCGAACAUCUGGGCUCUCUUUCAGUUCUUCCAGCAGCAAAUCAUGCUCAGCCCCUUGUUACAGUGCUCCGAGCUGGCCAUGGAGCUCCAGCAGCUGCUGUAGCUUCAGCAGGUAGUUCAGGUUUACCUGAAUGCAAGGGAGAAAAGAUUGACAAGCUUGUGAGGGUUGGCCUGUUGCAGCUUAUUAGUGGUAUGGAGGGAUUACAAUUGCAGUCAACUCCUGAGAGCUUCCAUCUCAACUUUCUGAGAUUGAGGGCCGUGCAGGGCCAAUUUCAAGAAGUGAUUGUGAUGUCUACGAGCAUGCUCGUCCUGCGUCAAGUCCUGAUGAGUGAGAAUUCUAAGAUCACUCCUCCGGAGCUGGAGACUGUCAUCUCAGAACUCUUCGGCGCCCUGGUGAAGUUGUUGGACAACUCCCCGGAGGCAGGAACUGAAGAGAUCGUGGAGGCGAUGAUGAGCGCGUCGGCGUCAGCCGGCUCUUUGACGGACGCCAAGAUUCAGGCAAGGAGGCAGAUAGUAACCCGGGUGCUCCUGAAGAGCCUCCAAGCGGACGACGUCGUCUUCAAGAAGGUCUCCCGGGCGGUCCACUGCGCCUUCCGCGGGGUCCUCCUUGGCGGCAGCGGUGCCAAGGGCCAGAAGCUGGCGGAUGCAGCCCUACGCCGCGUCGGCGCGGGGAAGCUCGCCGACCGGGUGGUGAAGGCGGCUGAAGUGCUCAUCAGGGUGGCCACGGUCUCGGAGAAGGUCCAUGGCCCGUGGUACAAAGCGAUCGCCUGA